UACACACCGCACAAAGCGAUGGUUCUUGCGGACUUCUUGAUCACUACUGGCGCCGUACUAGGCUUCAUCUCGCUCUUCAAGAACGUACUCACCUUCGCCCAAUGGCUGUACGCCGCGUUCCUGAGGAAGCCGAAGGACUUGCGUGACUACGGCUCAUGGGCCAUCGUCACUGGCGCCACUGACGGCAUCGGGAAAGCCCUGGUGUUUGAGCUCGCCUCCAAGGGCCUCAACCUCAUGCUCGUCGGUCGGAACCCCAGCAAACUCGAGGCCACCUCGAGGGAGCUGAGGAUAGAUUCGGAGCAACCACCGAGACACUUUGUCCAGGUCAAGACCGUGGUCGCCGAUCUCGCGAAGCUGAGCGGAGAGGAGAUAGCGGCGGCCAUUGCAGGAGCGACGGAAGGGAUCGACGUCGGGUUGCUGGUCAACAACGCGGGGAUGGCUUAUCUCCCGAAAUACUUUCACGAGGUGGAUCGAGAGUUGACGGAGAGCAUGUUGAGAGUGAACGUCAACGCAGCGGUGUGGGCGACGAAGGGAGUGAUCGAUGGAAUGUUGAAGAGGAAGAGAGGAGCGAUCUUGAACAUGGGAUCUGGUUCCGCCAUGUAUAUCUCUUCGUUUCCUCUUUUGAACUUGUAUGCCUCCACCAAAGCUUUUCUGACAACAUUCUCAAAAAGCAUCAAUCUAGAGUACGAGGGACAAUGGAUUGAUAUUCAAUGUCAGGCUCCCUUUUUCAUUGCCACCAAAAUGACCAGGAUGAAGAGACGGUAUCUCUUCAUACCUUCGGCGGAGAUAUUCAGCAGAGCUAGCGUGCGGUGGAUCGGGUACAACCGGGUGUGCAACCCCUAUUGGUCGCACUCGGUUCAGGCGUUCGUGGCUUGCACGCUGGACACAAUCACCGUUUGGGGUCUCGAAUGUUACGCGAAAUGGGUGAGAGAUCGAGAAAGAUCGCAUCGUUAG